AUGACAGCACCUAGAAAGGGCUCGGUAACUGUUGUCGAUGAGAACGCGGUUGGAGUGACUUCUGUCUUUGCUAAGAGGGGGGAACAUGCUGUUCUUGAGGAGGGCGCCUCGGCCGAUGAGGUGACACUUGGUGCUUUGGGCUAUAAACAGGAGUUUAAAAGAGACUUCACAAUCUGGGAGUCCUUCUCAGUGUCUUUUUCAGUUCUCGGUCUCCUGCCCUCCAUCGCCUCCACCAUCGGAUACAGCCUGGGCUAUUCAGGUACUGGUGGUGCGAUCUGGGGUUGGCUCAUCGCUGCCCUUUGUAUCCAGGCCACUGCCUUUACAAUGGCUGAGCUCUGCUCGAGCAUGCCGACUGCAGGCGGAUUGUACUACGCUUCGGCCGUGUUAGCACCUGAAGGCUGGGGUCCUUUGGCGUCUUGGUUCGUUGGGUGGUCCAAUUUCUGCGGUUUCGUGACCGGACCCUGCUCAGUCAACUACGCGCUCGCUGCCAUGCUGGUGACAGCCGGUAGUAUCGCAGACCCCGAUUAUGUGCCCGAGACAUGGCAUAUUUAUCUCACCUUGCUCCUCCUUCUCUUCAUUGACGGUGUCGUCACAAUGCAAUCGACCUGGUUCAUUGGAUGGGUCAACAAGGUCGGAACCGUCAUCAACCUUCUUGUAGUGUUCAUAUUCCUGAUCUGGUUUCCUGUUGGAUCCAUCAACCGACCAAAGACGAAUGACUCACACGCAGUCUGGACCGAAUUUGACAAUGGCACGGAAUGGCCAAUCGGAUAUGCAACAAUCAUGGGAUUUUUGACAACAAUAUGGACCAUGUCAGGUUAUGACGCGCCCUUCCACUUGUCAGAAGAGUGUAGUAAUGCAAAUAUUGCUUCCCCUAGAGCAAUCGUCAUGACUGCGCAAUUUGGUCUUUGGCUGGGAUGGGCUAUAAUCUUCGUCAUUGUUUAUACCGUCAAGGACAUCCCAGACGUCGUUGCGGGGGCUUAUGGCCAACCAUUCGGGAGUCUAUGUCUGCAAGUCCUGGGUCAGAACGCAGGCCUCGCCAUGUUUUCGCUGAAUAUCAUUGCUCAGUGGUUCGUUGGCGAAGGCUGCACAAUCACAGCGACCCGCGUGGUUUUUGCCUACUCUCGGGACGGAGCAAUCCCUGGUUCUAGAUGGUGGAGCCAGGUGCAUCCCAAGACAAAGACUCCAGUAUACGCGACCUGGGGGGUUCUGUGCGUUUCGGCAUUGCUCGGCUUGCUGAUGUUUGCGAGCCCUGUGGCGAUUGGAGCAGUGUUUAGCAUCGGCGCCAUUGCGCAGUAUACGGCCUUUACUGUGCCGGUUGCUUUGAAGCUUUUCUUCGACCACGGCAGGUUCAAACCAGGUCCCUGGAAUUUGGGACGUUGGUCGAAGCCGCUGGGCGCCAUCGCGUGCGCUUGGUGGUGUCUCAUCGUCCCCGCGCUUUGCUUCCCAGCGGUCAAAGGUGCCGAUUUAACCCCACUGACAAUGAACUGGACUUGCUUGAUAUACGGCGGUGCCAUGUUUUUGGCCCUUUCAUGGUACGCCAUCAGUGGUAGAAAAUGGUUCAACGGGCCAAGGAUCAAUGUGGCAAUAGUCCACGAAGGCGUCGAGGCGCCCCAAAGUCCAUCUACCCCGGAAGAGGACGACGCUGACAAGGAAAAGAAGACGUAA